CCUUAGGGUCAAGCUUCAAUUUAAACUGUGUCCCCACUCUCCCUCCCUAUAUAUCUUCGUUCAUCUCACUUAGCGCUCCCUCACACCAGAAGCAGUUUCUUUCACAUGUAAAAAUGGCGUCGGCGAUCACUUGGAUGUUGUCGUUGAAGGUACUGUUUGUUUCUAUUGGUAAAUUGGCUAUAGCUUUGGGACUUAAAGGCUCUGUUCCAUUGGUUUUGGAGUUAUCUGUUUAUCAAGCUCCGUUAUUGUGGAGCACGUUUCGUUCUUGGCUGAAGCCUCCGUAUCUUUACAUCGUCAUCAAUGGAAUCAUUAUCACAAUUGCAGCAUCAUCGUGGUUUCAUCACAACAACAGCGAGAAAGAACAGUCGGAGCAGGUGCAGCCGCGAUCGAAGAUCUCGGUGGAUCAAUGGCCAGCCUUGGAUUUCGGUGUGGUAGCAUCGAAUGCUUCCGUGUACGAGCAAAAGCAUAGAGAGGAAGAGGAGGAAACAAGGGUUUUUGAGGAGGAGAGCGAUGUGGCGGUUGAAUAUGGUAGAGAUGGAGGUGACGAGUUUGCCAUCUCCAAGUCGGAGUGGAUUCCUCCAAGGAGAAUGGAUUCGUCCGAGAUUCCAUCGGAUGCUCUGUUCCCACCGGAGAAACCCCCGGCUUCUUCUAGGUUCGGUCACGGGAAACAUGUAGAAGCCAAUCCUGAAGGUGGGCGAGCGUUGAGAGUGGCGAAGCCAAAACUGCAUGAGACGCUGGAGAACACGUGGAAGAUGAUAAUGGAAGGGAAAGCAGAACCGUUGACGAGGCACUUGAAGAAGUCGGACACGUGGGAGAAUCAUGGACGUGAUAUCAGCGUGGAGGCGUUGGCCGACCCGCGUCUGGUGAAGAAAUCGGACACGUUGAGAGACCGGACAAAUUACCAGCUGCCACCUGUACAAAUGAUUUCUUCUCCGGCUUCAGGGAGGCUGAGGAAAGAGCCGUCGCUGAGUCAGGACGAGUUGAACCGUCGCGUGGAAGCGUUUAUAAAGAAGUUUAAUGAGGAGAUUCGGUUGCAGAGGCAAGAGUCACUCAAUCAGUCAGUACAUGGAAAUGGUUAACCGUACAAGUUAGCCUCUAAUUAUCGGCUAACCGUAGUUCUAUAUUCCUUCAUAACACAUAAAAAAAAUAAUAAAAAAGAGUGUAUAUAUGUUGAUUAAUUUUUGGAAAUAUCUUUUCUCCAAUAGGUUUAAAAGGUUGGAAUUGAGAAAACAGUGAAAAAAAAAAAAAAAAAAGGGUUGA